GAACGUUUUAGUGUAUCGCAGUAUCGUGUACAGUUGAAGAACUAUUAAGUGCAAAAAACGAAUCAAACGCAACUUAUUCAAAAAAAUAAAAAAAAAAAAACAAGAAAAAUUGUAUCUCCAACUUUAGCACUUUAUUUCUAAAAAUACCUAAAACACAAACGAAUCAGUUAUAAUUUUUCAAUAUUUUCUAAACCAUGUUAAAUUCGAAAGAAGAAAAUUAAUAUAAAAAGUUAUUCAACGAAAAAAGAACAAACAAAAAGAAGGAUUUUCACAGCAAAGAUUUAGAACGUAAAUUUGUCGUUGGUUCUUUUUUCCAUUCCCUUAUUUCGAACCUACUACAUACACUCAUCUGCAGUGGGUAUCUCAAAGUAUAGAGAACGUACUAGCAGCCAGCAAAGAUACUUUUUAUUUUAGGGGUGUGCCUGGUAGUUUCGAUUUUUUUCUCUCGACUCGAAAACACAACUUCUUCUCAAUCGGGGUCGUCGGAGUUUUCUAACUUAAAAAAAAAAAAAAUUAAUUAUUUUAUCUAAUUUUUUUCUUUUAAACAAAUUAAUAUAAAAAAUAAAAGAAACAAGAAAAACCAACACUCUUAAUAAUACACAUUUCGAUUUAUAUACUCGUAUACCUACCUAAAUGGCUUCUUGUGGGUUUUAAUAAAAUAGUUAAAAUCAAAAAAUAAAAAAAUAAGAUACAAGUGAAAGAAGUGGAAUAAAUUUUGGUACAAUUUUUAUAGCGAAAUAAAAGUUACCUACAUAAGCAAAAUGUCUUUACAUUUUGUUACAUGUUUGUUUGCAUUAUUUGCCCUCAUAAGCAGUUUAGAGGCUGCCUCACCCCGAUGGGAACCACAAAUUGCAGUUCUAUGUGAAGCUGGACAAGUUUUUCAACCACAAUUUCUAUCCGAAGAAGGUCGAUGGGUAACGGACUUGAGCAAGAAGACUCCAAGCUCAACAUGUCUCCGGGACAAAAUGGAUCUUUUGGAUUACUGCAAAAAGGUCUAUCCAAAUCGUGACAUUACCAAUAUUGUUGAGUCAUCUCACUAUCAGAAAAUCGGAGGAUGGUGUCGUCAGGGAGCUAUGAAUUCGGCCAAAUGCAAGGGUGUCCAUCGAUGGAUUAAGCCAUUCCGGUGUUUGGAAGGUCCCUUCCAAUCCGAUGCGCUUUUGGUGCCCGAAGGCUGUCUUUUCGAUCACAUCCACAAUGCAUCACGAUGCUGGCCAUUUGUCAGAUGGAAUCAGACUGGAGCUGCAGCCUGUCAAGAGCGAGGCAUGCAAAUGCGAAGCUUUGCCAUGCUCCUUCCAUGUGGAAUCUCAUUGUUCUCUGGAGUUGAAUUCGUAUGCUGUCCAAAACAUUUCAAGGAAGAAAUUCGUGUAAAGAAAACCGAUUUGCCAGUUGUGGUCCCCGAAGAAAUCGUUUCGGCCGAUGAUGAUGAUUCUAAUUAUUCAAAGGACUCAGCCGAUGAUGACGACGAUGAAAUUAUGAAUGACGAUGAAGACGAUGACAUGGUUGCCGACGAAGCAGCUGAAAAUGAUGGUGCCGCUGACGAAGGAAAUGCUGAAUAUGACUCAAACGAGGAGCUUGAAAACUACGAAGAUCUGGACGAUCAGAACGAUGAGGCAUGGGAUUCAAAUGCCAAUCCAAAGCCAAAAACAACCGAAACUUCAAAGGUAGCCUCUUCGUCUGAGACAUCUGCUCAAGUGGUCAUCACAAAACCAUCGUCCUCGGAUGCGAUUCCCUUGCCACCACAGCAACCCCCAUCGACUAGCCAGCCCACAGCUGAUCCAUACUUUACUCACUUUGACCCUCACUAUGAACAUCAGAGCUACAAAGUAAGUCAGAAAGAAGCUCAACAGCGCCUUGAGGAAAACCACCGAGAGAAGGUGACUCGUGUGAUGAAGGACUGGUCAGAUUUGGAGGAAAAGUACCAAGAUAUGCGAUUGGCUGAUCCAAAGGCAGCACAAAGCUUCAAACAGCGCAUGACUGCCCGCUUCCAGACUUCUGUUCAGGCACUCGAGGAAGAAGGUAACGCCGAGAAACAUCAACUCGCUGCUAUGCACCAACAGAGGGUGUUAGCGCACAUUAAUCAAAGAAAACGUGAAGCCAUGACUUGCUACACUCAGGCCCUAACCGAGCAACCACCUAACGUAAGACCAUUCUCCGAUUUUAGUCUUGAGGAUGCUGAACCAUCGUACUUUCCUCCCCAGGCUCACCAUGUUGAAAAGUGUCUGCAAAAGUUAUUGCGAGCUCUGCAUAAGGAUCGUGCUCAUGCUCUGGCUCACUACCGUCACCUUUUGAAUUCGGGAGGUCCUGGUGGACUUGAGGCUGCUGCAUCUGAAAGGCCACGUACUUUGGAACGACUCAUUGACAUCGAUCGCGCUGUAAAUCAAUCAAUGACAAUGUUGAAACGUUACCCUGACUUGUCCUCAAAGAUCUCACAGUUGAUGAACGAUUACAUUUUGGCAUUGAGAAGCAAAGAUGAUAUUCCCGGAUCAGCCUUGGGCAUGAGUGAAGAAGCUGAAGCUGCAAUUUUGGACAAGUAUCGUAUUGAAGUCGAACGUAAGGUUUCAGAAAAGGAACGACAGCGAUUAGCCGAAAAGCAAAGAAAGGAACAACGAGCUGCCGAAAGGGAGAAAUUGCGAGAGGAAAAAUUACGCAUGGAAGCAAAGAAAAUCGAUGAACUCGUGAAGACACAAGCCGAUCAAGAAUUGCAAGCCAAGGAAGCCAAAGAAGCAAAGGAUGUAAUUACAGUUGUAGACCCAACAAAAAUGUCACACAGCGAGAAGGAGACAACACCAGAAGAAUACAGCGAUUCGACAGCAAGCACCAAGACUCAAACUGUAUUGCCAACAGUCGAUGAUGAGGCCCUGCAGCGUGCUGUCGAGGAUGUGGCAGCAGCUGUUGCCCAUCAAGAAGCUGAACCACAAAUGCAACACUUCAUGACACACGAUUUGGGUCAUAGGGAAUCGAGCUUCUCUCUCCGUAGAGAAUUCCACACGCAUUCCCCCAGGGAGGGUAGAAACGUUUACUUUACGUUAUCAUUCGCUGGUAUUGCAUUGAUGGCAGCAGUAUUUGUAGGUGUUGCAGUAGCCAAAUGGAGAACAUCUCGCUCACCACAUGCGCAAGGCUUUAUUGAAGUUGACCAGACUGCAGCAUUGCCCGUGACACCAGAAGAAAAACAUGUUGCGAACAUGCAAAUCAAUGGCUACGAGAAUCCAACUUAUAAGUAUUUUGAAGUUAAGGAAUAAACCACAUUCUCUUAAAAAGCCCGAAAAAAAUAAUAACAAAAGAAAGAAAAAAACCAACAACAUCAUCAGUUCUUAUUUUUCUUAAAAAACAAAAAAUUAUAAAAAAAAAACAAAUUCUAUUUUUAUUGUUUGUUGUUCUUGUUUAGAAUUAUGUGUAUCAAAAAAAAUAUAUAUUAACUAAGAUGAAAAAAUUAAAAAAAAAGAAAACUCAAAACACACUCAAUAUAGCUAUACUUAUUAGUUUUAUUUUUUAAGUUUAAUAAAGGAAGAAAAAACAAAACAAAACAUAACAAAAAUAUUACUCUCAUUAUAAGUUAAAGCAACUACCUAAGAGAAAACAAUAAUAGCAUAAUAAUUUAUUUAAUUAAAUAAAGAAAAACAAAAGAAAAAACUUUAAAAAAGGUCCUUGCUGUGAAUUUCAAAACAACAAACAAAAUCAUUUACAAAAAAAAAACAUAUAAUUCAUUCUAGUCAUACUAGAUUUAAUUUAUUUUAAUUUUUAUUAAUUAUUGACUUAUUUAUUGUUUUAUUUACUUUAAUUGUGUGAUAGAUUAUGAUCUCAAAAUUUUUGAAAUAUAUAUUAUUUUUCAAAACUCAACUAUUUAAAAACUCUCCAAAUUUCAAAGAAAAAACAAAAAAAUUCGUUUAAAAAAAAAACAGAAAAUGUGGAGAAAAGGCAAAAAACAGAAAUCAAGGAUAAUAAGUUUAAUAUUUAAAUAUAGAUAUUAUAAUUAUGUAAUAAAGAAAGAAAUGCUAGGAUAUAGGCUAAAAAUACAACAUUGAAAUGAAAAAUAAUAAUAAUGAAAAACAAAAACAAAAAACAUUUCUUUAAUUGGUUUUUACAUGUAAAAUAUAAAACACUCGAAACAAAACAAAAACAAAAAUACAUUAAAAAACGAUUUUAUGUCAGUCAACCUACUCUUUCCAUUACAAAAACAAAAUCAAACAAAAUGAAAAUAAAAAAAACACCCCAAUGUGCGUUGUCCCAAAUGAUUAAAUGUGUGUGUAUUUGUAUAUGUUUAACCCCUUUGUUUUACCAAAUCACUCCAAUUCCUACCCCCCUCUCAAAAAAAAAGAAAAACAAAAAUAAAAUUCAUUAAAUCCACAAUAAAUGCAAUUUAAAAAAUGAUAAUAAAAUAAUAAAAACAAUUUAUUGUAAUUUCUUAGUAUACAAAAAUAAUAAACAACUGAUUCAACAUUUUACAACACAUUUUUACUUAAAAUCACAAUUUUUUCAAAACAAACAACAAUUUUAUCACACAUAAAAUGUAAUAAAACAACUUUUUUAUUCAACAAAAAAUGUAAAUUUAUAAAAAUUGGCAAUGCAUAUAUAUUUUAAUUGUAUUUAUAUCAAUUUGAACAACAAUAUAAUGUAAUGAAACUAAAAAACAACAUGUGGAUGAAUUAUGUUUCGAUGAUGAAAUGAUGCUAUUGCUUUUUGGGACACGUUUUUGGAAUGACCUGUACAAGUGUACAAUACUGAAGUAACUUUAAAAAUAUUUAAUUGGCUUUUUCCAAAGAUUACUUAAAAGAAAUGGAAGCAUUUUUGAUGUUCUCUGCAAUCAACAAAACAAAGGAUCCAUCACUAUUCAGCCCUGAUUUCCUUCAAAAGGGGUCUUUAAAGAGGAUUACAUGAAUUUGGUGAAACCUUUCGGAACCCUUUGGUACUAAUGGUUCUGGUCUGAUCUUUAAGACUGUUAGUCUUAUAAGACUAUGAAAGGAUAUUGAAGUUAAGUAGAAUUCUGCUUAUUUCUUCUUCUGUGGUUUUGAUCUAUCUCUUGAUCCGAUGGUACCCUAAGUACUCAAGUUGCGUCAACUGAUAAACAUAGAGGUAAAACUGACCACACCGUAAAAAAGUCACAAUAGAUAUUUAACAAUACAUUUGUCAUACAUUAAUUCAAGAGCUAUUAUUAUUGACCACGACUGUUUGGCUAACACGCCUUGUAUGUAUGUACUUUGUUCUAUAAUGUUUCAAAUGCGGCCUUAUAUAGACAAGUAAUACGAUAUAAUAUGCUAUCCCAGAUAUUUUUAGAAGCUCUAAAGCUUUACUUAUACUUUCAUAAGACCAAGUAUAUAUUCAAAUCACUUGGCAUUAGGUAAAGACAAAAUUUAUUUAAUACAAGACUGGAGUUUAGAAUUCUAAUUUUAAACCCAUUUAUUUUGAAACGAUAAAUACGACUUGUAUUUUAGGGUUACAUGUAUUUCUAAACUCCUACAAUGGGGAAAGGUGAAAUUUCAAUAAUAAUCUGUACUUGGUGAAGCCUUUUCCCAAGUUUUGCAAAGGAAACUCGAGUAGAAGUUUCAUUAAAUGUUUAAAGUAAAGUUCGGACAUCGUUGUUAACGUUAUUCUGUCCUUUUGCUGGACUAAGUAUAAUUGUUUUGCUUCGAUUUGCUGGGAAGCUUGAAAUAUUUGAGCAGAACUUGCAAUAUAUUUAGAAUUCAUAUUUAAAGUAAAGUUAAAAAUGCAGCUUUGAAUCUAAGGCCACAGAUUUACAUUUCUUCUUUGUUUAUAAUGAUAACACACUUGAGUCUUUGGGAAAAAGUUUCGAUUUCGAUAUUAAACCAUCUAUCAUACCCUUUAAAAGAAAGAAGACUUGAAUCUUUCUAUAUACAGAUAUUUUAGCGUAGUCAUACGUGAACAAAUCCCUUAACUGAGAGUUACUUCAGUCAUAUUGUUAAAUUGAAUUUCAUAUUUCAAUUUGAAACAAGCUUAAAGAAACUUUUUGAUACCAUCUAGAAAGACUUUUGGGGGCAUACAAAUGGGAAACUAUUAAAUUUGCAAGGAAUACAUAAACAUUAAUAUGUCAUAACUUAUGAUCAAAGUCAGGUCUUAAGACAUUGUAUAUCAUCGUCCAGAACAAUGCACUUAACAUUUAAUUGUGCUGUGAAACGUAAGAGAAAAUAAUCCAAACACAAAACAAACACCACGAUAUAAAAAAAAGUUUAUUAAAUACAAAAACAAAAUUAUAAUAAUUUUAACUUAAAGUAAAACAAAAACAAAAUUAAGAAAAACAAAAAACGAAAUAAAAUUCUUAUAUAUACAUCAAUACAGAAUAUUUAUUGAAUGCUUUUUAAAACUAACAACAAAAAAUAAUAAUAAACUUAUUAAUUUAAAAAACAAAAAAAAAUAAUACUUAACAAAUAAAAUUAACAACAAUAACAAUACAUAUGUAAUAUUAUCUUAUUCACAUUAUUUUUGUAUAACAAAAUUAAACAUAUAGAAAAAAGAAAAAAACAAAAAUUAAUAAAUAAUAACAAAAAAAAAAAACACUAAAAACAUAUUUACAAUGCUGCCCUCCAAGUUUUUUCAACAAAAAUAAAAAAACACAAAAGACCUUUAAAAUUUCUCAAUAUAUUUAUAUAUAUCUUAUUUAUAAAUAAAUAUAUAUAGAUAUUACCUUGCCUAAGCCCUGAGCUGCUGAAACACAAAAACCAUACAAAACAACAAAAUAUGUAUAUCACCUUAGUUGAUGCACCACAAAAUUAGGAUUAACAAAAAUCAUAAAUUUUUAAAAAAAUGUGGCUAUACCUAUACUCUCUCUUUCUCUCUAUAUCAAUAUGGAUAUUAAAAGAAAAUUUAAAAAUUGCUCGUUAACAAUACCCCCGCCGCCGCUAAUACUCCUCACUCUCCCUGGUAGGAACAACAAUUUAAAAAACCAAAAACAAAUACAAAAACUACUUACAUCGUACUUUUUCUUUGCAAAGUUUUAAUAUUUUUGUUUUUAUUUUUAAUUCCCUUUGUUGUUUUUAGUGGAUAAAUAAAUAAUUUUCUUUUUAAUUUUUACAAAAAAAAAACUUAAUAAAUAUUCAAAAUUAAAUAAAUAAAUAAAUUAAAGAAAAAAAAAAUAAUAUAAAAAUAAACAUCAAUGAUUAUAUAUGAAUAAAUAUAAAUCAUUGAAAAAUCAAUUCGUCCUCUUUUAUGAAAAUAAGCUUAAAUAAAAUAAUAAAAAUAAAAAAAAAAAACAAAACGUUAAGAGUAUAAGAGCGUUUAUCAUAUAGUUUAGCACAAUAUAUUUUAUAAAGAGAAAACAAAAAAUAAAUAAAAAUAAACAAACAAAACAAAAACCAAAAAACAAAAAAACCAAAACCAAAAAAUAAAUAAUAAAUAAUAAAAAUAAAAUGCAAUGUAAAUGUAUUCAUAUGUUCUUUUUUAUAUAAUUAUUAUAUUAUAUUAUUAUGUAUAAUGAAUAUAUAUGUAUGAAAUAUAUUUAUCUGCUCGAUCUUUGCAUUUUUCUUUUGUAUAUUUAUGCAAAAAUCCAAAAUUGCAUAUUAAUAUAACAAAACCAAAAUGUCUAUUCGUUUUCAUUUAUUUAUUUAUAUAUAUAUAUAUAAGUAUAUAAAUAUAUACAUCUCUACAGAAAUUCAAAACAAAAACCAUUGGGUUAACAGAAAAAAAAUAUAUAUAUAUAUCUAAUAUAUAUGUAUAUAUAAUCUAAACAAAAUCACAACAACAACAACAAAAUCCGAUUAUGAUGAUGAUGAUGACAUAUAAACAAAACAACAACAACAAAAAAAGAACUAAUAUGUAAGUAAUUUCAUUAUAUUUUGCAAUUUAUAUUGAAAAGUUUAAAUAAAACAAAAGAAGAAGAAAUCAUUAUUAUUAUUAUAAUUAUAAUAAAAUAAAAAUAGGAACAACCAAAAAAGGAAAAUUUUAAAAAACAAAACUAUAAAACUCAACUCAAAAAAUAAACUCAAGAAGACAAAAAUGUAAAACACAGUGGAUGCGCAUUGCUUUCUUAAUAAUACAAACAAAAAAAUAGUAUAUAAACAAAUUAUAAACAAAAGAUUAAACAAAAAAAAUCAUUAUUUGUUUCUCAAUAUUAUUUUAUAUUCAAACACUCAUAAACAAUAUUUGUGUAUGUACAUUCAAAUAAAUAAGUAAGCAAACCUGUGCUGAUUAAAGAAAUAAACAAUAAAAAACAUCA